GUGACGCCGCUUCCGUAAUAAACAUCAGCAGUGGUGACGGUAAUGUGUUCAACCAAAACAAGAUGAUGUCGUUUAAUGUGCUGCUGUUAUAAUCUGAUCUGGGUUUAUAACAUUAUAAUGACGCACGGCUCGUAAUGCGGUUACUUUAGUUUUUUUUUUUUUUUUGGAGAGGUCCUGCUCCUGCAGUGUGCACGCCUCAGCUGAGCUCAUCUGCUGCUUCAAAUCUCUUGUUACAGCCUGGAGUAAAGUGAUCCAAAAAAUGAGCCGGGACGUCCCUAUCCACAGCUGGCCCGGCUCCUAUUACAUCAACAGUGAGAAGCGGUGGGAAAAUGGCACCCUUUCCCUCACCAGGACCAUGGUGCGCUUUGUCUCUAACCAGAGCAAGGAGAGCCUCGCCAGCUUCCGCCUCACCAGGAUCGUGGAGAUCAAGAUGGAGUCGUCCAGUUUCAUCUUCAGCACUCUCACGGUGCUCGAGGAGGGCAACGUGAAACAUUGGUUUGGCUCCCUGAAGCCCAACAGAGUGGUUGUUUAUAAUGUGUUAGAGCACUUCUGGAGAGAGCGCCUCCUGUCCCCAAGCUCAGAGGCGGCCCGGGGGGCCGAAUCACAACACUCCAAAGGCAGAGAGCUGAUUAACCUGGUGGCAGGGGCCCAGAGACGACUGGAGGACACCGGUAGAGUCCUCAGUCACCAAGGAGAGCAGUUUGACGACAUGAUGCAGGGUCUGGAGAAGAUUGACUCUGAUCUUGGCGUGGCUGAUAAACUCUUGUCAGAGCUGGAGUCUCCCUCCUGGUGGCCUUUUGGUAAACUCCCCUGGAAGAUACAGCAGGAAGCCAAAGCUGAGGAUGCUGCAAGGGCUGCAAUUGCCGCCGCCGCUGCUGCUGGUAGAGGCUCCAGUAGAAAUAAGGUGAUCUCAAGCAUCCCAGCUGUGGUGACCAAAGGCGGGGACUCUGACUUGAAACCUGGAUGCCUGUUGGUGCUGGUGUCCUCGCUGGAGGUGCGAGACACAAACUGCCAACUGCUUCACCACUUCGAACGAAAUGAAAUCGACGAAAUCAGGGUGCACAGUCCUUACGAGAUCACUGUUAGACAGCGGUUCAUUGGGAAGCCGGAUAUAUGCUACAGAUUGCUAUCUGCCAAGAUGCCAGAGGCAUUGUCUGUGUUAGAGAUGCAGUACAAAAAGAAGGUGGAGUUCACUAGUGAAUAUACUGCCUUCAGGGCAACUCCGGUUUCAUCUCCAUGUGACACAGAGGGGGCAAACUGGAAUGAAGGUUUGCAGCAGAGGUGCCAAGAUACAGAGCUCCCACUGGAGGUCCCAGCUGGAGAUCUGUCCCAGUUGCAGGUGCAUGUCCUCCAGCCAUCUGUCAGUCAGGCUGAAGCCCAGGAACUCAAACAGAUGCUGAUGCAGCUGAAGAACCUUGCCCUGGAGGCAGAGACAGAGCUGGAACGACAGGAUGAAGUGCUGGACGUCCUGACCAGCUCCACUGACCGAGCCACCAUGCACAUAGACAAGCACACCUGCCGCAUGAAGAGACUGCUGUAGCUCUGACAGUCCAGCGGACGCAAUGCGGUCACCACGUCCUGUCCUGAGAAAUGCACUGUAAGCUUCCUCAUUGUCCUCACGGGAUCGGUACAGUGUGAGAACAGUGGGAUACAGUAGGGACUUGCGUACAUGGUUCAUAGGGUUUUUGUUGUGUGUGAUGGAAUGAUUGUGUAAUCACAUGGGUUCAAGUGUCAGUUUCUGGAAAGUGCAUUUAUAAAUAUGUUCUAAACACUGAUCCUUUCUUUUAGAGGAAUUAUGUGGCUCACUCAUUUCUGCAAUCUUUCUGCAGGAUGUAUGUCAAUAGUAUUUUAUUUUUAAUUUAAUUAUUUAAUUCGUAAUGAUUCAUGUGUGACUUGAGAUCAACAAGCCUUCUGAAUGUGUGUCCUGCAGCGCUUAGCAGCUGCGGCUGGUACUGUUAGCAUUACAUUUGGCUUAGGUGGCUAUCAGCUGCACAACUGACGUUUUAAAAAAACACAUUUUUCAAUGUUCUUACUUUUUUGGAAUUGCUGUGAGGAACUAUGUUUGAUCACUACUUGGUCCAGAUUCUGUGGAAGGAAAGAGAGAAAGAAAGAUUGUCCAAAAAUUGUUGGUUUUUAACCAAAAUGGACACCUCAUUAUCACAAAGGAGAGAUAAGUCACCGAGCUCUAGAUUCAGUGCCUGAUUGUGGUGCAGAUUGAUUCGCAUUGGCAAUGUUUGCGUUGGGAAGCCGGUGAGAAAUCUCACUCUUGCCGUUACUCUGGUGACACCUACUGAUUGGUCAUGGCACCCGAGCAGGGAAUAGCAUGAAUCCCAGUUUGCAUGUCAUGCCCUCCCAGUGAAGCAAGCAGGUGGGAGACAGCAAUCGUGAUGAACCCUGUGAUGGGCAAAAUGGACAUUAGAAAUGCGACAUAGUAAAUAAUUUCUCUAUUUAUUCUCUCUGCACAAACUAAAAAUUAGAAUAACAAAAAAAAAACAAAAAAAACUGCAUGUUGUUUCCACUGGUGUUAUUUAAAGGACAGAUGUGGAUAACAGAAUUUGUAAGAAUAAAGGAUAACCCUGAUUUGAUCUUGCUGAUGGGUGAACAGAUUAAGUAAUAGACAGACAGGUAAAGUUCUCCAGUGUCAUCACAGUAAUAUCUGUGUUUCUGAUGAUGUACUGCCAUUCUAUGGUUCUUUUUUUAUAACCAUUUCUGUCCCGAUGACCUGUCUCUCUCAGGUCUUAGGUGUUACUUACUUCCUCUGGACACAGUUGCAUGUCUCAAUAUUACUGCUUUGUAUUGCAUUAAGUGGAAAUGCCCCAUCAAUAUCAAUAUAUAGCAGCAGAAAGUAAAUGUACGACAAAGUUCUGGGACUCUUCAAAUCAGAACAGACAACACUUCCUCUCUUUUAGAUAUUACACAUUAAUUACUCCAUGUUAAGGUCCACAUUUCCUGUAUACGUCUCGCUAAACGUUGAUACUAUUCUAAAGCUGUAUAAUCUGUAAAUGACUGACGUGUAUUGUGACUUUGUGAUUUUAUUGUGGUCUGUUAUUACAGUGAACCUGCAAUUAUCUGUCAGUUUAACUUGAAAUAUCUCUACCAUGUUUUUAAAAUAAUGAUUUCAGAGCUGUAUAGAGAAUUGAUACCAAAUUUAUCUUGAUACUUGAUACAACUCAAUGGUUAGCACUGAAUAUAAAGGGAGAAGUGCAUCUGCAUCUUUCUAAUAGCAAACAAAUGAAACAACACAACUGGAAGUACUGGAGUAAAUUCCUUUUUAUCAGCUUGUAAGUCAUCACCACUAAAAGUCUGUAAUAGAAUAUUGUAAUUUGAAAUAAAAUGCAAUAAAAAAUCUCAA